GCCAGGAGGAGGAGGGGGCGGCGUGGGGGGCGCCCCGGCCUCCCUGCUCUGCCCCUCCGGCUGGCCCGGCCCCCCCGCGCCCAAGAUGAUCCCCCACUUCUCGGCCGACGCCGUCAUCUCCCAGAACGCCAUCAACCAGCUCAUCAGCGAAAGCUUUCUCACGGUCAAAGGCGCUGCCCUCUUCCUGCCCCGCGGAAAUGGGUCCUCCACCCCCAGGGUCAACCACCGGCGGAACAAGCACGCAGGAGACCUUCAACAACACCUCCAAGCCAUGUUCAUGCUCCUUCGACCUGAGGACUACAUCCGACUGGCGGUGAGACUGGAAAGCAGCUAUCAAAACCGCACCCGUUACAUGGUGGUGGUCUCGACGAAUGGCCGGCAGGACACGGAGGAGAGCAUCGUCCUGGGGGUGGACUUCUCGUCUAAUGACAGCACCGUUUGCACCAUGGGGCUGGUCCUGCCGCUCUGGAGCGAUGCCCUCAUCCAUUUGGACGGCGAUGGGGGCUUCAGCGUUUCCACCGACAACCGGAUCCACAUCUUCAAACCGGUGUCCGUGCAGGCGAUGUGGUCUGCCUUGCAGAGCCUCCACAAAGCCUGCGAAGUGUCCCGGAUCCACAACUACUACCCCGGCAGCCUUUUCCUCACCUGGGUCAGCUACUAUGAGAGCCACAUCAAUUCCGACCAGUCCUCGGUCAACGAGUGGAACGCCAUGCAAGAUGUCCAGUCCCACCGUCCGGAUUCCCCGGCACUCUUUACGGACGUCCCCACGGAGCGCGAGCGGACGGAGCGCCUGAUCAAGACCAAACUCAGAGAGAUUAUGAUGCAGAAAGAUCUGGAGAACAUCACCUCCAAGGAGAUCCGAACGGAGCUGGAAAUGCAGAUGGCGUGCAACCUGCGCGAAUUUAAGGAAUUCAUCGAUAACGAAAUGAUCGUCAUUCUGGGCCAGAUGGACAGCCCCACCCAGAUCUUUGACCACGUCUUUCUG